AAUAAAUGUCAACAUGAGUUUUUUAAGUUCCAUGCAACAGUAUGUCACCAGUGGCAUUAGCAGCCUUGGUCUGGGAAAUCGCCGAUUUUCACUCUCCAAACAGGAUGCCAAUGAAAAUCAAGCACAGAAUCCAGUUAUGGGCACAACACCACUGCCCACACCAAAUAUACAACCAGCCAUUGGAUCGGGUAGUACGGCAAGCAAUAUUUUUAAUGUUGUUGCACCGACAGUUGGCACCGGUUCUGGCGCACCGGGUACCAUGGGUAAUUACCCUAGUGGCGGAGUUGUAAUUGGCAAUCCGAAUGCUACAAAUCCAUUAUUGGGUUAUCCAAAAGUUGUACCCUCAUCGGGCGUGACUGCGGGCAUGAACACCAGCACCACAUCUGCUGCAUCAACAUCAUCAGCCUCGAAUACACCAGUUAGUUCACGUCGUCAAUCACGUGCCCUAGAAGCUAUGGCUCCACCACAGCGUGGCGGUUCAUUUCGACAUCGAAAUCCACCGGCCCAACAGGCAGAGCCGUCACCAAGACCACCGUUGGCAUUUUGUAAAAGACGUCUAUCAUGGCCGGAAGUGGAUCCACGUUCAAAUUCUGGCGUUCAAGAAACCGAUGGCUCCUAUUUUGAAAAUUUCACAUCGCUGGGAUGGAAACGGGAAAACCGCCGUAUGUCGGCAACGCGUGCCGCUGAGGCACGUGCCGAAUCACUUCAUGAGCAGGAACGUGAGCCGCCAAAAAUUGCUGAAGAUUCUAUCGAAAGUCAAGAGCAAAAAGAAAAGCUAUAUUUGGAAGUAUUGAAUACCAUUGCCAAUACUGUGGGUGCAUCAGCACCCGGUGGACAGUUCACCCAUUAUAAAGAUGAAAUGUAUUUGCAUGCACAACGAGCAUUUGGCAUGAGUCCAGAUCGUCAUUAUCGACUGUUGCAUGCCACGGCUGAGGAUAAACCAAAAGUUAUCGUCCUGUCGGUGGUGGUCAUUGAGGCAGAGGGGCUCGAAGCCAAAGAUGCAAAUGGCUUCUCCGAUCCAUAUUGUAUGCUGGGCAUUCAACCAGAUGGUGGUCCACCCGUAUCACCAUUACCACUGCCACCAACACCACGGGCUCUAUCAGCCGAUAUGAAUGCAUUCGAUAAUAAUGCCGCCGAUUCACCGCCCCACCGUAAGCAUAGCUUUCGUUUGAGUUUCAAACGACGCGAAGGCAAUCGUCGCGAGCAGCGUGAUUCAUUGGGUGGGCCGGUACCAGCAAAAUUUAUAUGCGCCACAUCAAUAAAACCGCACACUCUGACGCCCAAAUGGAAUGAGAAAUUUAAAUUUGACAUUGAUGACAUGAACACCGACACAUUCCACUUGGACAUCUGGGACCAUGACGACGAGAGCUGUGUUCUCGAUGCUGUGUCACGUUUAAACGAGGUACGCGGUGUCCGGGGCUUGGGACGUUUUUUCAAACAGGUUUGCCAAUCGGCACGUCAGGGCUCACAAGAUGAUUUUCUCGGUUGCGUUAAUAUACCCAUUGCCGAUAUACCCAGCACCGGCAUGGAGGGUUGGUUCAAAUUGGAGGCACGUAGCCACCGCAGCACCGUACAAGGUCGCAUACGUUUAAAAUUAUGGCUAUCAACACGUGAUGGACAAUCGGGUGAUGGCGCCCAAAUGGACAGGGAUCACACAAUGGAUGUACACAAUCUGGAGGAAUUGCAAAGGGUGUUUAUGCAGCAUGAGGUGGCCACACACGAGCCCUCCUGGACAUGGAAUGGUGAAUUGCCGGGACCAGCGUUAACCAUACUGCAUCAAUUAGCGGUGCAGGCCGAUUUGGCGGAAUUACAUUGUGCAGCGGCAAGAUUUGUGGCCGCCGCCAAACUAAAUCGCAGCACACCCCUCGAUCCGAAAUUUAUGCAUCGCCUGCUAACCGAAGUGGAGAAACAAUGGAGCACCGCGAGUCAGGAUCAUUUUACGCGUGAUUUCGAACAAUGGUUGGCUGAGGCCAUGAAUGGUUUUGUGGAACGUUCCUUGCAACAGAUACGCCAGCAUCGUAAAGUUUUCCCCGCCCUCAACCCCCCUUCACUUAUAAGACUUGAAUUUCUGCUGCGUUGCCUGGGACUGCUGGGCUCCAUGCGGGCAUUUCGUGCCGUAUGUCCCUUCAACAAAGGUGUUCGGGGCGAAGUUGUGAAUGCUCUGCGUAAGGGCUCAGUAACAUGGGGACAGAAUGUCCUUAAGGAAGCACAGAAUUUACCCAAUCCCUUGGCACAUUUUGUGACAACCAUAACGGCUGACAUACAAAUUGGACAAUCCUAUUAUCAUUCGUUGUUUGACAACACCAAUGGUAUUCAAUACUUUAGCAUAGUUUACAAACAAUUUGAUGCCUUAGUCGGCGAGGAAAUCUAUCAUCGCAUGGAGGCGGGGCAAAUACCCGGAAUAAUACUUCACACGGCCCAUUACCCCAUUACAGAUGCUGAGAACGAAACAAUCGAUAUUAAACCCUUCGAAUUGUUCUUGGCACUACAAGAAUUUUGUCAAUUAAAACGUUUCCUGUCAGUUCAGCCGCAACCACCAGAGAAACCUUUGGCACUGGCCCAAUGUCAUGAAUGGUUUAUACCCACUUUCGAACAUUGGAUGGUAGUGAGUAAGGCCAAGGCACUGCAACGGAUUCGUGAAGCUAUACGUCGCGAUGCCAUAUGUGAGGGUGAACGAGUGGUACGCUAUAGUUCCUCAUCGGUGGAUACUGCCUCAACGUUGGUGAAUAUUAAAGAAUUUUGGAAAAUCAUAAGUUGGCCCGAUGACGAAACGGGUAUUAUGUUGGAAUCACAACUUAUCGAUUUAGUGUGCGCAACGGCAAUGCAUUAUUGCGAUUUGAUUCACACCGCGCUGGCGGAUAGUGGUUACUAUGAAAUUCAGGGGCCUUUUCGUUGUUCGGACGAUAUGUGUGUGACGGUAAAUAAUUUGGAAUAUGUCCGCUUUACCCUAUCCGAUUUUCGUUCGGAUGAUAAUCCCCUCGAGGAGCAGGCCGAUAAUUUAUUGGAAACAAGUUUGGCCCACAUGGAGAGUCGUUGUGAGAGAAUACUCUCGAAAUUGGCACCCCUAAUGCAAAUGUCUUUACAAAAGGCAGUUUUUCAUUUGGCUUGGUCUCCCGACUCGUUGCCCGCGAAUCAGGCAAUAGUGCCACUUUUGGAAUAUAUGGAUUCGCAUUUGGGCGCCUUAAAUAGUGCCCUGUUACCGAAAAACUUUAAUCGAGCACUGCGUUUUGUAUGGAAAACGGUAUUGGGAGAAAUGUCGCGACAAAUGGAGACAGGCGAUGAUUCGGAGAAACCUUCGAAUUUCCACAAACGUUUAUAUGAAGCACUACAACUACUGGUGGACUUUUUCCAUGCCGAGGGCCAGGGCUUGGCUUUGGAGUAUUUGCAUUCGGAAGAUUUCUGGCACAUUGAACAACGUUUGCAGUUCCACAAAACAGAGACAUGGCGCCUCAUCGAUAUGUAUCACCUCAGCCGUUUAAGGGAACAAUAUAUGACACAAUUACCCGGACCCUAUGGUUCGUUGACUGUGCGUGCCUAUUUGAAUCACGAUUCGUUGUGUGUGGAGGUAUUACACGGACGGGAUAUAGUACCAUUGGAUCCGAAUGGUUUCAGUGAUCCAUUUGUCAUUAUUGAAUUGUUGCCGCGUCGCAUAUUUGGUCAUUGCAUGGAACAGCAAACGAAUGUGCAUAAGAAAACUUUAAAUCCAAUCUUUGACGAAUGUUUUGAGUUCUCGGUUACAUUGGAACAGUGUUUGGUCGAAGGUGCCAUGAUUUGUUUCACCGUCAUGGAUCAUGAUGUGAUAACGGCAAAUGAUUUUGGCGGCGAAGCAUUCCUGGCAUUGGGAAAUAUACCCGGUGUUGCCGAUUACAGUACUAGCGUUGAAAAUUUCCAUGGCCUGAAGCAAAUUGAAUUGCCAUUAAUACAACAGACAGAUAAAAAUCAUCCCAUACUUCAAAUAUUGGAAUUACGUGUCAAUGAUAAACAAGCACAAGACUUCGUACGAAAACAACGGGAUAGAAUAAUACAAUAA